UCAUAUAAAAGCAAUUAGAUUCUUCAUUCGCUCUCUCUUCCCUUGGCCCUAAGAAGCUCUGAAAGACUGCAAUUUUAUUGAGCUUCUGGUACGAAAUUCCGUUUUCGGCCAUGUCCAGCUCACGGAAAGGGAAGGAGGGCGCAGAGGAAGGCGAACAGCAACAUGGGCAGAUCAGUAAUAAGAAACGCAAAGAGAUUUUCCCCUACGGAAACUACAAAAGUUACUACGGCUAUCGGAUUGGCCAAGAAAUGGAGGAAGAUGCUAGGUUGAAGGUUUUCAAGAAGGAAUGGUUCGAAGGAAAGGAUUGUCUUGACAUUGGCUGCAAUUCUGGAAUCAUGACCAUUCAAAUUGCCAAAAAGUUUUGCUGCCAGAGCAUUCUUGGUGUUGACAUCGACGCCAAUCGAAUUCAGGAUGCAUACUGGCACGCCAGAAAAUUUUUGAGAAUGGAGAAUGCUAGAAAGACACUCGGAAAGGCUUCUAAAUUGGAGGGUGCAAGUGGCUUUUCUGAGGAGAAAGAUCUGCUUGACACAGUAUCUUUCCGAAAAGAAGAUUUUGUUAACAGUCGGGAUCCACACAAGAAUCAUUAUGAUACCAUUAUAUGUUUGAGCGUGUCAAAAUGGAUUCAUCUGAAUUGGGGUGACGAUGGAUUGAUUACAUUAUUUACAAGGGUUUGGAGUCUACUUCGCCGGGGUGGAAUUUUUGUGUUGGAACCUCAACCUUGGAAGUCCUACGAAAAGAAUUAUAGAGUUUCUGAGAGAAUUAUUUGUUCCAUUCUGCAGACAACUAGAGAAAAUUAUAGAAAUCUUAUGUUCUAUCCGAAAGAUUUUCAAGACUUACUUCUGGAUAAGAUAGGAUUCAGAAAAGUGGAGGACAUCACUUCAAGCGUGUCGGGCAGCAAAACCGGAUUCAACAGACCAAUUUUAGUGUUCCACAAAUGAGUAAUGCAGUUCCGGGAGCAGGAUUGUUUGUUUCGUCUGAAAAGCCGUAGUUUAUGUACCAAUUUUGACUGUGGUUUUUGUGUGCACGUGCUGCACAAGUUUUUGUUUGGGUUAAGGUAAUAUUCAUACGACCAAAUGGAUGGAACAUGUCCUGUCCCAAUUUUGUAUCUGCUCCUAGUAUUUUGUACAUACAUUAUAAUGUGUAAGUGCUCACCAAUUUUGAAGAAUAUUUUGUAGAAUCCGAUUGAAUGGACAAUUCUAGAAGUUUGUAGAA